AUGGAAUCAAAAGCUUCUAGUUGCAUAGUUCUGUUAGCUCUAGCAAUAUCACUAGUCAUUUUCCAAAUAGCCUCAGCUGGUGACCCUGACAUCCUAACAGACUUUGUGAUGCCACUCGAGAUCCCAUCAGUUGAUGCUUCUUACUUCACUUUCUCGGGCCUAAGGGGACUCAUCGGAGCUCCACCACCCGAAAAAUUCAAGGUAACAAAGGCAACAAUGAUCGAGUUUCCAGCCCUGAACGGACAAAGCGUUUCCUAUGCAAUCCUACAGUAUCCUGCAGGCUCUGUCAACCCUGUCCACACUCAUCCACGUUCAUCCGAGCUACUCUUCCUCAUGUCAGGCACACUGGAAGUAGGAUUCAUUGAUACAACGAACAGGAUCUUCAAUCAAACAUUACAAACAGGAGACGUUUUCGUUUUCCCUAAAGGACUAGUACACUACCAAUACAAUGCUGAUGUUAAAAAUUGUGCUUGGGCUAUAUCCGCCUUUGGAAGUGCAAAUGCAGGCACUGUUUCAAUUCCUAACUCUGUGUUCAAUACAAGCAUUCCUAAUAACAUUUUGGCUAAGUCUUUCAAGACUGAUAUCAUUACUAUCCAGAAAAUCAAGGCAGGUCUUGCCUGA